AUGAAGGUGUUACUCGGUUCAUACGAUAAUUGGGAUGUUGUCGAAAAUGGGUAUGACGAGCCCGAGGAUGAAGCCGUUCUUCCUGAUGCAGAGAAAACGGUGUUAAAAGAUUCCAAGAAAAGAGACCAAAGGGCGUUAUAUACAAUUAUUCAAGGAGUUGAUGAAUCAACCUUUGAAAAAAAUUCAAAUGCAGAAACGGCGAAAGACGCGUGGGAGUAUCUGCAGAAAUCAUUCCAGGGUGUCGAGAAAGUCAAAAAGGUUCGGCUCCAAGUUCUACGUGGGGAGUUCGAAAAUUUAAAGAUGAAGAGUUCAGAAAAUAUUGGUGAAUUUGUUACGCGUUUGAAAACGGUGACAAAUGAGAUGAAAAGAAAUGGCGAAAGUCUCGAUGAUGUUCGGGUCAUGAAAAAGUUGCUCCAUUCAUUAAUAAAAAAAUUUGAUUAUGUUGUGACAUCCAUCGAGGAGUCAAAAAACUUGUCCACAAUUUCUAUUGAUGAGCUCGUAGGUUCUCUUCAAGCCCACGAGCAGCGAAUGAACCAGUAUGAUGAUGCAAAUCAUUUGAAAAAGGCGUUGCAAAGUAAGGUGUCCAUUGGUGACAGUUCUGGCAGUAGCAAUUCUGCACGUGGCAGAGGUGGCUUUAGAGGUGGCUACCGUGGUGGACGAGGACGAGGAAGAGCACCAAAGGUGGAAGAAAGAAGUCAUUUUGCAGCAGCAAAAGAAGACAAAGAUGUUGACACUGCUAUGUUCCUCACUUACAAAGGAGACCAGGAAAGCAAGAAGAAUGUUUGGUAUCUUGACUCAGGGGCCAGUAAUCACAUGACUGGUCACAAGGAACUAUUUACGGAGAUAGACAACACCAUCAGCGGAGAAGUUACUUUUGGUGACUCUCUUGACCAACUUGUGGAGAAAGGAUAUAAUAUACAGAUGCAGGACAAUUCUCUCAUUAUCGGAAAUCAAGCUCAGGAAUUGAUUGCAAAUGUGGAGAUGUCAAAGAAUCGUUUGUUUACGCUUAAUAUGCAAGCGAAGGUUCAGAAGUGUUUAAAGUCUGUCAUUAAAAACGGCUCGUGGUUGUAUACAGAAAUAGGGAAUCGGGCCUAA